AUGCUAGAGAAGCGCGAGGGAGGGGCGAGCGCGGGCGACUGGGCGGAGACGCUCGGGCGAGCGGGACGCGCGGCGGCGGCGAGGGCGGAGUGCGAGUGCGUGCGGGUGCUCAUGGCGCACGAUAUGGACGUGGACGACGUGUUGUUGUCGGCGUCGUGCGCGGAUGGCGUCGAGGACGACGCGCGGGCGUCGUGCGUGGGCUUGUUGUUGCGAGGGGGCGCGGACGCCAACUGUCGAAACCAUCAUCAAGGAUGGAAGCCGUUGCACGCCGUGGCGAAGCGCGGAGAUUGCGCUUCGGUGGAAUUACUCGUGCGCGGUGGGGCGGAUAUCGAUGCGAGGUAUUACAACGGAAAGACGGCAUUGUUUUCUGCGUGCGAGUGGGGGGAAGCCGCCGCGGCUCGAACGCUGCUUCGACUCGGCGCGAGCGUCGAAGUGGGGCAGUGGGAGGCCGAUCGUUUGCACACGGAUCACUCGCUCGGUGCGAAUAAUGCGCCUGUCUCGCCGCGCGACAUCGCGUUGGUGAAUCGUCACAUUGAUUGCGUCGACGUCGUCGACGAGAUGUUGGCGUUGCGACGAGCGUGA